AUGUCAGAGACACACGAACCAACAAACGUCGCUUCAACCGAGCCUCAGGUCGAUGAGCAAGAUCUCGCAGCCAAUGAAGAGAGUCUAACUGAAGGAACAGUGGUUGAGGAGACUUACCAGAUCACUAUCAAGUUGCCCGGGCAAGCUGGUGAUAUCAAGACCACAGCUAGUCCUCGCGAAGCUAUGCAUGACAUCAAGCAGUCGAUUAUGGAGUCCCCCGAGACCUGCGCUCAUUCUUGUUUUUACUUGGCUUUCAAGGGCAAGCGUGUGAAUGACUUUAACGAGUUGGGUGAGAUCGAAGGUAUCACACCUGAAUGUGAAUUGGAACUCGUUGAAGACUCUUACACCGAACGUGAUGUUCGUUUGCACAUCAACCGUCUCCGCGAUCUUUUGGGCGGUCCUUACAAGCCUAAUCCUGCUGCAAUCGGUAUCGAUCCCGCAAUUUCUUUCCUCACUGCUGUCACUGGAGAAAUCGACGAGGAGUUGAUUGUCGAGGGAGAGCGUAAGAUGGAGGACCUCUUCUCGGAUGCACCAAUCCCAGAACACGCUUUUACCAACACCGAUCUCCAUGCUCGUUCUCAGCUCUCUCGCUUUGUUCCCAGCAGCUUCCAGCGUCUGGCUCCUCAGUGCCUCAAGAGCCUCACACUCUCUGGAUGGAACCCAGUCCCCCACCCACAACGUCUCAAGGGCGAUCUUCUUUACAUUGCUGUCACCACUCUUGAGAACGAGACAAUCCACAUCACUGCCAACACCAGAGGUUUCUUUGUCAGCAACUCAUCUAACAACAAGUUUGAUCCUACUCCCAGAGAAGGUCCUUCUCACAAGACCAUGGCUGCUCACUCGCUCAUCACCUUGCUCCAGCAUGUUUCCCCCCAGUUCGCCACCCAAUUUGUGAAGCUUCAGGAUUUCAUCACUCAGCAUCACAUGCUCGAGGUUCUUCCCGUGAACACCUUUUUCCCCAGCCAUCCUUGGGCUGUACAGACUCCCAAGCAGAUCUACGACCCCUCGCGCACUGCAGAACCUUACCUCAACUUUGGAAUCGACGCUGUCGAGUCCCUGCGCGACUGGAAUGACGAAUUGCAGUCCCACCGUGAAUUGCCCAAGACUAACCUCCAGGAACGUGUAUUGCGCGAACGCUUGAUCACAAAGGUCCAGUCUGAGUUCACCGAGGCUGCUGUCAAGGGUGCCAUGGCUGUUGUCAACGGCGCCGUCAUGGCCCUCAACCCUCUCGAGUCAGAAGACUCUCAUAUGUAUGUCUACAACAACAUCUUCUUUAGCAAGGGAAACGAUGGUCGUGGUACCUUUGAGUCGCUUGGCGCAGACGAGGCUGCUCACGUAGCCACAGGUAAAGAUCUCGAGGGUGUCAAAAUCCUCAACAGCAUUGAUUCAGAGGGUCUUUAUACUCUCGGAAGUGUGAUUGUGGACUACAAGGGUGUGCGCAUGGUUGCCCAGAGCAUCGUGCCUGGUAUCUUCCGUCGUCAGGAUGAGAGUUCUAUUGUGUACGGUUCGGUUGACAAUGGCGUCCAGAUCGCCUCUGACAAGUCCUUCCACGAGGCUAUCAACAAGGACAUCGCAAAGUCUCUCCAUUUGGCCGAACACACCUUGCUCGAUGACAAGAACAACGAAGUCAACCUUUUCACCUCGCUCGAGACAAAGGGUCUUUUGGGUGCUGAUGGUCGUCGCUAUUUGCUCGAUCUCUACCGCAUCAACCCAGUCGAUAUUGGCUUCCAGGAGACCAUGUGCGUCGAGAAGCCUUCGGAUGGUUUGCCCAUCUAUCCUCACAAGAUGACUUUGUUAAGACCCGAGCUGAUGAGCUUGUUCUGGGAGCACAAGUUUAGAGCAUGGGUUAAGGUCAAGACUGAUGAAGUUAAGAAGGAGCGUGCUCUGGAGGCAAAGACCGAGGACAAGAAGGAUGAACAAAAGGAAAAAAAGGAAGACGAAAAGGAAAAGAAAGAGGGAGAGGAAGUAGAGGUUGAGGAAGAUGUAAAGAUUGAUGUGAAUGAGUUCCAGCUCAACUUCAACCCUGACGUCUUUACUGACGCCAAGCAAGCCAGCACUGGCACCAACGAUCUAAAGCAGCAAGAAGAAAUUGUGCGUGAGGCCAGCAAGUUCCUCAACGAAGAGAUUAUCUCCAGUCUUGUUCUUGACUUUGCUUCCUAUGCCAUCUCUCCUUUGGAUGGCGAUGCUCUUACCAAGGCUAUGCAUCGUCGUGGUAUCAACAUGCGUUAUCUCGGAAAGGUUGCCAGCCUUGUUGCCGUCAGCGAAGACAAGCGCAUUGAGCACAUCUUGCGCCUGGCCAUUCAGGAAAUGGUCAUUCGUUGCAGCAAGCGUCUGUUGCGCACCUUCUUGUUCGGCUGCACUCUCGAGGAAUCGAGCGCUUGUGUUUCCCACUACCUCAACUGUUUGUUUGGCUACGAGUUCAACCCUAAGCCUAUUCCCACACUGGCUGCUGGUCAGUCCAAGGACGAUGUCGCAUGGGCUCAGUUGACUCCUGCCUCUCUCAAGGCCCUCUUGAAGGAGCAGAUCGCCAUCCGCUUCCGUUACAGCCUCCAGGACGACUUUUUGUCUGUCAUCCAGCCCCUCCCCACUCUCCGUGAGAUCUGUCUCCGCACUGGUCUCCAGGUCGAAGCCCGUGAUUACCGUUUCCAGGCCUACACCGAGGAGGAAGUUGCAGCAAAGGCCGCCGAAACUGCUGCUGCCGAGUCUGCCAACGCUGCUCGUCAAAAGCAGAACAACAAAUACAAGAAGGCACCCAAGAAGCAGACUGUCGUUAAGGAAGUCUCCAAGGAGCGCACAACUACCUUUGUUCCCGAUGACAUUCUUAAUGUUAUGCCUACUGUUAAACAGGCUUCAGCACGCAGUGUUUUCGCUGAAGAAACCUUUGAGGCUGGUAAAAUGAGUCUUGCUCAGGGUCAUCGUCAGCUUGGAUUAGAACUUUUGUUGGAAUCCCUUACUCUCCACGAGCAGACUUACGGUUUUUUGCACCCCGAGACCAGCAAGUGCUAUGCCACUCUUGCUAUGAUUUACCACCACAGCGAGGAUCGUGAGGCUGCCCUUGACCUUCAACGUAAAGCAGUUAUCGCUGCCGAGCGCACUAAUGGAGUUGACCAUCCCGAGACUGUUCACCACUAUCUCAACCUUGGUUUGUUUGAGCAUGCCGCUGGUCGUACAAAGCUUGCUCUCCGUUACUUGAAACAUGCCCUUUACUACUGGGAUCUUUUGUUUGGUCCUGGUCACCCAGACUCUGCUACUGCCGAUAACAAUGCUGGCGUGAUGUUGCAAUCUUUGCGUGAUUACCCUACAAGUGCCAUAUUCUUUGAGAGAGCAUGUGCAACACAGGAGAAUGUUCUUGGCAAGGAGCACGUUGUCACUGCCACUGGUUACCAUGUUCUGGCCAAAGCAUACACUCUCCAGGGUGAUUUUGCAAAGGCAUUAGAGGCUGAGAAGGUAGCCCAUGCUGUAUUUGAAGCAAAGCUGGGUCCUGAAGAUCCUCGUACAAAGGAGAGUGAUACUUGGUUGAGAGAAUUGACUUCGAAUGCGCUCUUGACCGCACAGCGUGCACUUGACCAAAUCAAAGUAGCCGAGACCUCUGUUGCCCAACCUACACCUACAGCAGCACCUGCCCCUCAAGUACCCAGAGGUGAAUUGCCUAUUGACCAAGUUCUGCAAUACAUCAAUGCCCCAUCUACAUCCCGGAAAGGAAAGAAGAAGGCAUCUAAGCAUACCUAA